AUUCUUCCUUCCUUUUCCUUCCUUCCUUCCUUCCUUCCUUCAAGCCCACAGUUCAUCCUCCACAAACAUGAAGAGAGAGGGUCGCCAACACGGCAUGGUCCGAUGCUACCGGAUUCUGCCGGCCCCUUGGGACCCGAGACCCAACUCCAGGUUUGUCAACAGGUUCGAUUCGCCCCCAGCAGCUGGGCUGUUCACAAAAGUUCCGUCGAGGCCGACCAAUCACUCCAAGUUCACCGGCAAGUGCACUAGGCCACGGUGUGUCGGUUGCCACUUGCACCCAGCCUGUAAGUCCAAGGACAAGACCAAAGGGACCAACAAAAACAAGUCAUUCGACGUUGUCUCGAGUCACCGCUUGAUCUCUUGGCAGGUCGUGGACGGGCGGCCCGGUUUGAACUAUUCCGGGCUCUCUGCCACGGGGUUAGCGGAUCAUUUGGCACAUGCUUACAAGGAUUACAAUGACGAUGAAUGCGAAACUGGAAGUGAUGAUGAAUUGGAACGUGAACGUGAUGUUUAUGACCAUGGCGAUCAUUUCAUUAGCCCAGCUGCGGACGGAUCAAAACAUGAAAAUGAUGAAGGCCUCGACAAGGAUGGUGAAGAAGACGAUGACGAUAAAAUAAGUUUCUGCGAAGUUGGGUUUGAAUGGAAUCAAGUUGAAGAUGGUUGGUGUAUGGUUGAAGAAAUAGAUAAUCCGUGAGGUAGUGCCAAUGUCGUUUCUCAGUAAUUAAAGCCAAUAUGUGUAUUAUUCAAAGUUAUGCAGUCUAUAUAUGCACCCUGUUUUUAUGAUAUGAAGUUAAGUAAUCUGUGCCA